CAACUCCUAACUCCCCACAAACACCUUUAACUCCCCUAUCUAGAAAGCAUAAAGAUUAGGAAGGGAGUUCUAGGAUUCUACGUAGAGGCGAAGGAUGAUGAUGGAAGUGUUGCAGAGAUUGUUGUUUCCGCCACCACCAUCAAUUUUUGUGAAUUGUAUGUCAUUCAUAAGCUUUGGAUCACUUGCUAAUGCUGGUUUCUCGGAAUUGAGGGGUAAACAUAUGCAGUAUUCUAAGUUUACCAAUUCCGAUCCCAAAAAACCUAACCCUAAAUUUUCCAGUAAAAUUGGAAUGUCAAUUCUCUAUGCUCCUUCCUUUGUCUUUGGUGCUGCUUCCUUUUUCAUCUUCCCUGAUCAUGGCCUUCGCUUUCUUUUGCUUCGUCUGGCUCUUACUAUCCAUUUCCUCAAAAGGGUCCUUGAGGUUUUGUUUGUUCACAAAUUUGGUGACAGUGGAGUCGCCAUUGAUUCCGCAAUCCCUAUUACUCUUAGUUACUUCCUCUCCACAGCAACCAUGAUAUAUGCACAACACCUAUCAGCUCAACUUCCAGAGCCACCAGUUGACCUCAAAUAUGUCGGAAUCUCAUUAUUUUUGCUGGGGAUUGCGGGCAACUUCUAUCACCAUUACAUCCUAUCUACCCUUCGGAAAGAGGGUGAAAAAGAGUACAAGAUACCCAAGGGAGGUUUCUUCGAUUUCGUGGUUUGCCCACAUUAUCUCUUUGAAGUAUUGGGUUUUGUAGGUGUUUCUUGCAUAGCUCAAACAUUAUACACCCUCGCAUUCACGGCCGGAACCACAUUGUAUUUGAUUGGUAGAAGUUAUGCUACUAAGAAAUGGUACUUGUCCAAGUUUGAUGACUUCCCUAAGGAUGCUAAGGUUUUUCUUCCUUUUAUUUUCUAGUUGUAAUCUUCAGAAUUUUGGUGUGUGUAGAAGAAUGGAACUAAUAUAUAAGGUGUAUUAUUUUAGUAUUUAUUUGUACAAUUGUACUUGUAAUAAGUGAAUACAAUUGGCUAAGUGUAGUGAAAAAAAUGAGAAAAUUACAUUUGAGUUUUUGAUCACUA